AUGCAACCGAAAAGUGGUGCCGUUUUCUCGCUGGACGGGUUCCGUGCAACAUUUGACUACCUCUUCCAGAACCAGUCCAUGACCCGUGCCCAAGCCCAACAAGUCCAGCAACUGCAGAAGAAGAUUCACCAACAGUGGAACUAUAUUACGCGCCAGGAGAGGGCUACCCUCGUUCGGGCCUUGGUGUCUGCCGCCACUCGCAGCGCGAACGCUGCUGCAAAGGACAUCCAGCGUGUGAUGAUUGGCACGUACGCUUUCCAAGAUGGAGAGUUUCGACAGAAACCUCACAAGGACACCAACUACCACGGGUCAUCUCCAAGGAAGCCUAAGAAUACUCUCCAAAAGGAGGCAUUCGCUAUCCAACAACCACCGCAUUCGGCUGGAUCUCACGGUCAAGUCGACGCUCAGGGAGAUGAAAGCGAUCUUACUGGUGCAGGUCAGGCGUUUGAACUUCCCUACUUUCGCGGAGCGGAACAAUGCUGACGCUAUACACAGUCAUUGACAGCGUUCCCAACUCACCGUUUCAGCCUCUCACUCCUCAUGCGCCACAAAAAAGCGGCGCUAGCAGCUCUGCUGUGCACAAUGGCGAAGAUGCUCUCUCUCACGAAGAUUGCGUUCCUCGCGAAAUGCAUGAAGAGCUCCGACAGCAAUGGAUCCAGACCACGGAAACGAUGGCAGAGCAGCUCGAGGCCAUCAACCAGCAGAAUCAGGCCCUCGAGCAGCGAGACGACACGAUCAACCAGCAGAAUGAGGAGAUAGGAGAUUUGAGGCAGGCGUUGCGGAGCUACGACGAGCUCAAGCGGAAUAUGUUGCAUAUGUUGAAUGGGCAUGAAUAG